CCAAGGAAUACCCAAGAGUAAAGCAUAUAUCUAGGAUAUACAAAAAUGAAUUACAUAUUUGUUUGCCUGAUAUUUGCAUUAUCUAUCUUGGAAGCAUCAACACAGUUUUAUCAAGACUAUCGAUCACAAAGAAAAUUCUUGGAUGAAGGAUUAGAAUAUCUACGUGAAUCUCCAUCUUUUCAAUAUAACAGUUUUUCUCGAUAUUUAUAUCCACGAUCGAGAAAUACAAGAAGACCUAGUAUGUAUGAAACAUAUAGACCGCAGAGACAAUACAAUCCAUUUGGAAGUGGUAUAUUACAGUCAAGAGGAUUUUUAGAUGAAGGAUUAGAACACGUGCAGGAACGAGGGACAGUUGGAGAUAUGCGUUCAUUGAUGUCAAAUCCAUCCCUGUUAAUGGCUGCUUUAUUUGCAUAGGAUAGACGAAACGACCGUUUUUGCAGUUCUAUGAACUUAUUUAUAUUAUUGUACAUUUGGUUUGGUCAAUAUGCUUUUUUUAUAUUAAAAAGUCAGCAGAAAAAACAUGAUGCAUGCUGGGACAGGGCAGUUUAUCAAAUCACAAUAUACUUUCCGACCCUAGCUUAACUAAAACUGUGAUGACAUAUUUCCGUUAUACUACUAUUAUUACUAGUGCGAGAACUAUAACAAGUCAGGAUGGAAUGAUUAUUGUUGUUACAAAGGAAUUAUGAUCAAGGAAUACUAAAGUAUUUUGCAAUAACUCAUGUUGUCAAUCAUGAAUUUGAUAAACUUUGUAAUCUUGUCAUUGUUAAAGUUUGUUUUACAAUUUUGUUGUACAUGUAGUUCCAUGUAUUGUUUUUAAUAGAUAUAUUUGUUGAUUAAAGACUUCUAUGUAUAA